AUGGACGAGACGGGGUCGAAUCCAACAGGAGCGACCGCGUCUGCAAUUCGCCGCAGCAAGGCGCCUGGGGUCAUCGCCAAGCGCGCAUGCGAUCAGUGCAAGUUUCGCAAGAUCAAGUGCAGCUUAUCCCAACCAUGCAAGGCCUGCCAGUCAAUGGGCUUUGAAUGCACUUUUCUUCAGCCGCAGAAGAAGCGCGGACCUACGGGACAUCGCGUGUCGCAGAUAAGACAGCAGCAGACGAAUAUCGUCUCUAAACCCCCCCAAGAAUCCUCCUCCGUGAAACAGGAGACUUUCCAUUACCAUGUCCCCACGACCUCCGGGGAGAGUGCCCCGUCUAGUUCUAUGGCAGGGUCAUCGUGGGCAGCGCAAGAGAUGCCCAUGCCCGUGAAUAGUGCGACAAUUGCUGCCCCCACCGGCCAACCUGCGGUAAUGAACACCUGGGCCACGGAGAACGCGCCUCAGGGACCAACCCAAAUGAGCUGGAGUGAUCGCCAAGACGCUGAAUAUUGGCUCCCGGACCACCUGGGCGCCCAAGUUCCAGUAUUCGAAUUCCCAGGAAGCAACAUAUACCUGAAGCCAUCACUGCCCUCCAUUAUCCAGCCAGUGCAGGAUGUUUCGGCUACUAGUAUGAACAUGCCUGUGCAGGAUCACCAGGUCAUGCCCUUCUCCCCCGCUGUGGGCCCUUCCUCUGUCGGGUCCAUUCCAUCCGAAUACCAGGAGCCCGAAGAAUUUUGGCCAUCCUCGAUUAAUGAAGCGAAUAUGAUCCCAUGGAUAGACGUAUAUUUCGACCGGUUACAUCCAACAGUGCCUGUUCUGAGCCGAUCUUCUUUAUUUACUCGCAUGAUCUGCCAGGAGCAUCGCAAGAACCCUCAAUUCGGCGCCAUGCUCCUGUCUCUAUGUGCAUUUUCCUUGACCCAGCCGAUCGAGAUCAAUGAGCGGCCGACUGCAUCUCGUGCGUCACAAGCGCGGACCAUGAUGCAUGAGGCGACCAAAAUGCGGAGCUGUUCUGACUUCGGAGAGAACCCGACAAUCGAGGCAGUAUUGACGAGCUUUUUCCUCUUUGGAUGCCUCUUUGGAAGCAACCAGCAUAAUGCUGCAUGGCUUCGGCUUCGAGAAGCCCUGGAUCUAGCUUCGACCUUGGGCUUGAAUGAUCCGCUCUCAUACCGUGACCUCUCCGGAGAAGAGAAAGGCCAACGGUUAAGGACAUAUCUGGUAUUAUCGAUUACUGAAAGAGCAUAUGCACUUCAACGAUGGCAUCCCGUGACAUUCUCCGGCAAGCCUGGAUUCAGCAUGCGAUCUGUGCAUGAGUUCCUCCACAAUGCGACCCAUAGCCUAGUCUCUGGAAUCAUCGUACACAAUGAAAAAGACGCAGAAGGAAUGAUGGGCCUUGCACGGUUGAUGGAACUCUUUGAUGCCAUUGACGAGGAUUUCAUCAAUUGCUGGAAUCGGCGGUGCGACAUCGACAGUGGAUUCUGCCAGAAAUUCACCGAGGCCAAGGCCCUAUCGAUGCAUAACAGCCUUGAGCGGAUCACCCAGGCCGAGCGUUACAAAGGAUAUGACUGGUUCGAACGUGCCAAAGUGGACGGCAAUAACGACAAUAAUGCCUUGCUGGCCAUGGGCUUACGCGAGACGCAAGCUGCAGACGUAUUCAUCACCCAAAAAUGGGUGCAUAAUCGAGUCUGGCUCUUGUGUCUCAAUCACGGCAUUUUACGGUCUCAUUCCGAUCGGCCUGAGCUGACCUUUGGGUACGCCGUAACCGUUGCAGAAUCCGCUCUUCAGAUAUGUCGCUCCCUUCGCCUAAGCUCCAUGGAAGCACACGGCAUAGGUUUUACCGAGAAGAUAUAUGAUAUUGCUGUUGGGGCAACGGACAUACUCUGCAAUAUUAGUCCGCCUUACGGCAAUGGAGUUACGCCCUUGGGUAACUUUACCGAAGCUCUAUCCAGCACAUCGACUCCACAGGCUAUGGCGGAGGAUUUUCUGUUAUUGAUGAGCAGCUUCCGUGGCGGAAGCCAUCCUUUUUUGGAGAAGUACAAAGCCCACUUGCGCUCGCUACAUAUUCCGGGCUGGGCUUAA